AUGAUUAAUGUACCAAUAAAAACUAAUGUUUGUAAAAAAUGUAAUGAUUGUUUUCAACACGAAGAAACUGUUGCAUUAUUUAAACAACAUCAAUAUCAUUUUCAUUGUUUUUUAUGUAUUGAUUGUAAAAAACAAUUAUCACAUGAAUCAUUUUAUCUUGAUGAAAAACUUCAAUUAGAUAUAUCAAAUCCACAAGUUUAUUGUGAAACAUGUUAUUAUAAACGAUGUUCAUCAUGUAUUGAAUGUAAUCAAAUAUUUACUCCAACAUCGAUUAUUAUUGAAUUUCAAGGACAAGAAUAUCAUAACGAAUGUUUUAUUUGUAAAAAAUGUCGAAUAACAUUAAAAAAUAAAAUAUUUUAUUCGAAAAAUAAUUUUUUAUAUUGUCAACAGUGUAUGAAUGAUAUUGAACCAUGUAUAAUGACAUUAAAAACAUCACAAAUAUUAAAUGAUCAAUGUAAAAAAUGUGGAAAAAAUUUUCUUAAUGGUGAAGCAAUAUCAAUGUAUCAAUGUGAUUAUUAUCAUCCGGAUUGUUUUCGUUGUGGAAAUUGUAAAAAAUUAAUUGUUAGUCAAGGAUUUUUUCGUCAAGAAGAUGGAUGUCUUUAUUGUUUAAAUUGUCAUAUUGAUAAUGGACCACAUUGUAUGAUAUGUAAAGAACCAUUUUUAACAGGAGAAAUUUUAAGUCAAUUUGAUGGAAAACAAUUUCAUAAUACUUGUUUUCUAUUUAUUAUUCUAUCAUUAACUUUUCAAUCAUUAUCAUCUAUUCCGGUAAAAACACAACAAUCUGAAGGCAGUUUUAUUCAAAAUGAUGAAGAAUUUAUUCCUACAAAUGAAUGGCAAAUUGUUAAAGAAGGUCAAGCUAUACCACCUGGUCUUCAUGUUCGAUUGGAUUUACAAACUGGUAUUCGAGAAGCAAAAUUACUUGAAGAUAAUAAACAAAAACUUACAUCUAAUGAUAUUAUCCCAAUUUCAACAAAUGAUAAUGAAAAAGAAAAAAUUAGUAAAGAAAAUCUUGAACGAGCAUUUGCUAAUCUUGAUUUAAGUAAAGAUGAUAUUAUAACAGAUAAAAAACAUGAAGAAGAAAUUAAAACAAAAUUUCGUCCAUAUGAUGAUUUAAAAAAAGAUUUUCAAUCAAUGAAUAUAAAAAUUCAAACUGAUAAUGAAAUUUUAACAAAUCUUAUUAAUCAAUUAACUAAAACUAAUAAUGAACAUGAUCUCAAGACAAUUUUAACUGAUCUUGAAUAUUAUCUUCAUCAAUAUGAUAAUGCAAUACUCUUCUCUGACAUGAAUGGUCUUGAAUUACUUAUUAAAUUGCUUAAUACAACAAAUACAAAUAAUGAUGAUAUUCGUCAUUUAACAAGUCUUGCAAUAGGUGCAGCUUUUCAAGGAAAUCCAAAAGUUCAAUUAAAAGGAUUAAAUCUUGGUUUUGUUCGAUAUUUAUUACAUUUAAUUAAUAUAGAAACAAAUAAUAAUAUUAAAUAUCGUCUUCUUUUUACAUUAUCAACAUUAUUAAGAAAUUUUCCACAAGGACAAAGAAGUUUUCUUGAACAUGGUGGAAUUGAAACAAUAAUUAAAAUUUUUGAACAAAAUAAUUCAAAUAAUAAAAUAAAAACCAGAGCUAUGGAACUUAUGAAUGAUCUUAUUCUAGAAAAAAAUCAAGCUAUGGAUGAUAAACAACAUGCCUAUGAAAAUAUUAAUAUUCGUGAUGAAUUAGUUAAACAUAAUUGGUGUUCACAUAUAUCUUAUUAUUUAAUAUCAAUUGAUCUUAACGAUUUUGACCAUAUUGAAAAGAUACUUAUGGCAAUGAUGCCAUUAACAGAUGUGUGUCGAAUUGACUUUGUUUCAUUAGUACCAAUUCUUGACAAACUUAAUGAUAUUUAUACAAAAACAAAUCCUAAUGAAUAUUCAAUGUAUAUGGAGUUUUUAACUAAUAUACAAAAUCUUCGUAAAAAUUUAUUGCAAACAUCAUCAACUGAUUUAUAG